GCCCCCUCCGCCCCCGCAGGCUGAGGCAUCAGCGCUGGGAGGCGGCAGCGGCGGCGGCGCUGCUGAGAGGCAGGGACCGGAGCGCGAAGUGUGUGGGAGUCUACGAACUCAACCCCUCUCUACCCUCCCCUCGCAGCCAUCCCCCUCCCUCCCCGCCAGCCCCCCCUACAAGCGGGAGAAAUAAUGAGCGAGACCCGGCGGCAGCAGCAGCAUCGCCGAGCAGCCCAGGCAACGGCAGAACCGCUCCGGCAGCGGCGGCGGCGGCAGCACCAGCAGCGGGAGCGAGCGCAGCGCUAGCGCGGCGCGGGGACCGCCGCGCUCCUUCCCGGCUCCUGCCCUCCUCCGCCGCUCGCUCCUCUCCGCAUCCACCUCCUUCCCCUCCUCCUGCUCAUUCACUCUUUCCCUCACUCUCCCCUCCUCCUCGGCUUCUCCCCGCGCCCCGCCAGCCCUCGCGCUCUCCCACUCCCUCUGCCCGUCCUCCCCGCUCCCCUCCUCCCGCUCAUUCACUCGCCCCUCUCCCUUCACUCUCUCCCCCUCUCUCCUUUCUUCUCCUUCUUUCACCCUCCGUCUCUCACACCCCCUCCAUUCCCCUGUCUCCUUUCUGACACUGCACUGCAGCUGCUCCUCAGCCCUGCCCCCUCCCCAGUGAGAACAAACCAGCAACAUUGCUUUUUUUUCCUAAAGAGAUUUCUAUUGAUCCGAUUAAAAAAAAAAAAAAAAAACCUUAAGAAACCCCAAACGCAAAAAAAAAAAAGAAAAAAAGCCAAAACAAAAGGGAGAACCUUCUCCCCGUAGCAGCGGCAGGAACUGCAAACAUGAUGGCGGCAGCUCCCAUCCAGCAGAACGGGACCCACACUGGGGUUCCCAUAGACCUGGACCCGCCGGACUCGCGGAAAAGGCCGCUGGAAGCCCCCCCUGAAGCCGGCAGCACCAAGAGGACCAAUACGGGCGAAGACGGCCAGUAUUUUCUAAAGGUUCUCAUACCUAGUUAUGCUGCUGGAUCUAUAAUUGGGAAGGGAGGACAGACAAUUGUUCAGUUGCAAAAAGAAACUGGAGCCACCAUCAAGCUGUCUAAGUCCAAAGAUUUUUACCCAGGUACUACUGAACGAGUAUGUUUGAUCCAGGGAACAGUUGAAGCACUGAAUGCAGUUCAUGGAUUCAUUGCAGAAAAAAUUCGUGAAAUGCCCCAAAAUGUGGCCAAGACAGAACCAGUCAGCAUUCUACAACCCCAGACCACCGUUAAUCCAGAUCGCAUCAAACAAGUAAAGAUUAUAGUUCCCAACAGCACAGCAGGUCUGAUAAUAGGGAAGGGAGGUGCUACUGUGAAGGCUAUAAUGGAGCAGUCAGGGGCUUGGGUGCAGCUUUCCCAGAAACCUGAUGGGAUCAACUUGCAAGAGAGGGUUGUCACUGUGAGUGGAGAACCUGAACAAAACCGAAAAGCUGUUGAACUUAUCAUCCAGAAGAUACAAGAGGAUCCACAGAGUGGCAGCUGUCUCAAUAUCAGUUAUGCCAAUGUUACAGGUCCAGUGGCAAAUUCCAAUCCAACCGGAUCUCCUUAUGCAAACACUGCUGAAGUGUUACCAACCGCUGCAGCAGCCGCAGGGCUAUUAGGACAUGCUAACCUUGCUGGCGUUGCAGCCUUUCCAGCAGUUUUAUCUGGCUUCACAGGCAAUGACCUGGUGGCCAUCACCUCUGCACUUAAUACUUUAGCCAGCUACGGAUAUAAUCUCAACACAUUAGGUUUAGGUCUCAGUCAAGCGGCAGCAACAGGGGCCUUGGCUGCAGCAGCUGCCAGUGCCAACCCAGCAGCAGCAGCAGCCAAUUUGUUGGCCACCUAUGCCAGUGAAGCCUCAGCCAGUGGCAGCACAGCUGGUGGUACGGCGGGGACAUUUGCAUUAGGUAGCCUGGCUGCUGCUACUGCUGCAACCAAUGGAUAUUUUGGAGCUGCUUCUCCCCUAGCUGCCAGUGCCAUUCUAGGAACAGAAAAAUCCACAGAUGGAUCAAAGGAUGUAGUUGAAAUAGCAGUGCCAGAAAACUUAGUUGGUGCAAUACUUGGCAAAGGAGGGAAAACAUUAGUGGAAUACCAGGAGUUGACUGGUGCAAGGAUACAGAUCUCCAAAAAAGGAGAAUUCGUACCUGGCACAAGGAAUCGGAAGGUAACCAUUACUGGAACACCAGCUGCAACACAGGCUGCUCAGUAUUUAAUUACACAAAGGAUCACAUAUGAGCAAGGAGUUCGGGCUGCCAAUCCUCAGAAAGUGGGUUGAGUGCCCCGAUUGUACGUCAGAUUGUUUUAACCCCUCCUUUACCCCAUUUUCAAGAAGGAUGUACUGUACUUUGCAGAAGUGAAGUUUUUCUGUUAUUAAUAUAUAAUUAUGCAAAUGAAUGCGACUAUGUUGACAAUGUGUAUAUGUAAAUAAUAUGUGUUUUACCAGAUGUUUCAUAGAAAGAAUUUUUUCUUGAUCUGUUUUGUUCUCUAUACUUUGCUUGUGUAUAUUUG